AUGCGUAGUUGGCGUGGAAUCUACAGGACAUUGAAACGGACUAUGGAAAAUGCAAUGAUAUAUGUCCGGUCUCAACUGUCUUCCACAGAGGAGCUCGUAUUCAGUGAUGUUUUGGCACUAUAUGCAGUGAGCGAGACUUAUCUCUACGAGGCUCUCAUACGAAUCGUUGGAGCUUCGCUCCGAAAGACCGUCUAUGUCAAUCCUACCAACGGAGUCGAAUACCACGGCUGGGAUAUACCAGGUCCAGAUCAGACGGCCUAUAGCUUGCUUGCUGUUCAGGACUCGAACCACGAGGCUUCUUUGGAUAUCAUAGAGCGUUUACGAGCAUUUAUCAAGGGCAUACCUGGUAUGCGUCUGGAAUUCAACCCACUUGCCCCACUAGUAUGCGACAUGCUCCUCUACGACGAGGAAGAAGACCAAUCGUACCAUAUCGAGCACAAAUUCAUGUCCAUAGACCGAGCUGAAAGACUGCUCUGGUUACCCGAUGAGUAUCGUGAUCACAAGCUCAACGGGCAUUUCCUCUUGAAGCAAGUAGAGGAAGAUUUGGUUAUUUAUACCCGCUCUGGAAGAGACAACACUAGCGCUGCUGGAACGGAACCUCACGAGAUCAAACUGUCGGAAAUGGGGAGCGAAAGCAUCUUCGCCAAAAUAAUUAGGGCUAAUGGGCCCAUCGCCAAGGCGAGACUUGACCAGAAGUGGAGUGAUGUUGGGCUUUACGAUGACACAUUCGAAUUCCAUUCUCAGAACAAGGCCAGAGCAUCCUGUGGAGACAACGUUAGCAAACACCACGCCACUGUCGAUGCAGCUCAAAUGGGCCUAGAUUUUGGAGUUAAAAUCAAUCAAUAG